AUGGUGUUUUUGCCUCAGUCCUUUUUCGGGUUCCCACUUUACAUUGGUGUAGAACUGUCGCUCGGAAUAGCGAUAUUUAACAAGUUCUGUGGCUUUUACGGCAUCUUAGCACUAUUCACUGGCCACCCUCUUCGGAUAACUCAGUGGUUCUUCUAUGUAUGGUCAUGUGUGGUACUACUGGUAUACUUAAAGGGAAUUUCGCAGAUCUAUAAGCCCACACUGCCAACGACCUGCUUAGUUCUGAUGAGUUACAGCGCUGACACCAUCUUGUCGUGCAUUUUUACGAUCUAUUUCACCAAUUAUUGGUUCUCUAAAGAAGGAUCAGCCGCCGUCGCAGACGUAGAAACGGCAAACCAGCCAAGCAGUGCCAGCCAGAGCUACGAAUACAACGGCACCCUGGUAUUCACGCUCUUUACGCUUGCAGCAAGGUUUUAUUCUAAUUUUCUUAUAGCUGCGUUCGUUCAGAGGAUGAUGAAACAAGACCGCUUCAUACCAGACGACAACGACAUUGACCUCAAUCUCAAAAGCAAGCCAGUAUUACACAGAGCUUACCUGAAGCUCCAAAGAUCGUGUUAUCACUUCUGUAGAUAUUACUUACUGCCUGCCUAG